CUUCCGGUUAAAUUUACACAAAAAAAUUAUUUUCAGUAUUAUUUACAAUUUAUUUAUCAUCCUUGAUAAAACAAACUACCCAUAUAGAUAGAAAAUGGCAGAAGACCUCCAAGAGAAUUUAAAUACUUACAAAAACCAAUUACAGCAGGUGGAGGCUUCCUUAACAACAGAUCCAGACAAUGAAGAUCUACAGAAACUUCGCAAUGACUUACAGGAAGUCAUAGAUUUAACAGUGGAUUUGAUCAGUGGGCAGUUAGCAGCAGCUACAGCUGAAGCAUCUGGUAGUACAGGUGGAGAGGCGGAGUCAGCAAGCUUACCUUCACUUCAUUGGUCAGUUGGUGACAAGUGUCUUGCCCCCUUUUCAGAAGAUGGACAAUAUUAUGAAGGGGUAGUAGAAGAGAUAUUAGAUAAUGGUUCCUGUACUAUCACAUUCAGUAACUAUGGCAACACAGAUAUUACACAGGUUAGUUUAUUGAAGCCAGUAGAAUCUAGUGGAGCAGGUGGUUCACGUUCAGAUGAUAAGAAUAAAAACAAAUCAAAGAAAGAUUUAAUAGCAGAACAAAGAGAAUAUAAAAGAAAGAAAAGUCAGAAGAAAGCUCAGAGAUUACAGAAAUUAGAAGAAGAAAGAGAACAAGAGAAGAAUAAAUGGCUAACAUUCAAUGCCAAGACAUUUUCUAAAACGAAUAAAGGUCGAGUAAAGAAGAGUAUAUUUGCCACAUCUGAUAUUACCAAGGGUAAAGUUGGGGUAGGAACUUGUGGAGUAAGUGGUAAACCAAUGACAGCUUAUAAAGGUGGAGAGAAAUGGAGAAAAUAAACUAACACUUAUAUACUGAUUUGUAUUUGAGCCCUCAGACAAGGUAUUCUGAAUCUGUAGGCGUGAUAACUUGGUACUCUCAGCUAAUCAUGGUUAUUUUGUCUCAAAGCCUUCCCAUUGUAUAUUUUUUGUAUAUUUUUGUAUGUAAUGUAAAUAAAUGUAAAUAAAAUGAUAACAGUUUUCCAUCUAAA